AUGGAGAAGCUGAGGAGUGGGAUGGCUCUUCAUAUCCAUGAAGCCUGGAUACUUCUGUUUGUGCUCCCUGGUUUGGUCAGUCCAGCUGCCAUCAAUCAUGAAGAUUACCCUGCUGAUGAAGGGGACCAGGCCUCCAGUAAUGACAACCUGAUCUUUGAUGAUUACCGGGGGAAGGGCUGUGUGGAUGACAGUGGCUUUGUGUACAAGCUGGGAGAACGUUUUUUCCCAGGACAUUCCAACUGUCCCUGUGUCUGUACUGAGGAUGGACCUGUUUGCGAUCAACCAGAAUGCCCUAAAAUCCACCCAAAGUGCACAAAAGUGGAACACAAUGGAUGCUGUCCAGAAUGCAAAGAAGUGAAAAACUUUUGUGAAUAUCAUGGGAAAAAUUACAAAAUCUUGGAGGAAUUUAAGCCCUCGCCAUGCGAAUGGUGUCGCUGCGAGCCCAGCAAUGAAGUUCACUGUGUUGUAGCAGACUGCGCAGUCCCCGAGUGUGUCAACCCAGUCUAUGAACCAGAGCAGUGUUGUCCUGUCUGCAAAAAUGGUCCCAACUGCUUUGCGGGCACCACGAUAAUUCCCGCGGGCAUCGAGGUGAAGGUGGACGACUGCAACAUCUGCCACUGCCACAACGGGGACUGGUGGAAGCCAGCACAGUGCUCCAAGCGUGAGUGCCAGGGCAAGCAGGCUCUGUAGCAGCUCCCCUGGCCAGCAACCCGCUCAUGGUGACGGCGACGACGGUGACGAUGGCGAGGAAGGAACGGCCCCGAUGCUGCCCGUGCGUCCAACCUCCCGCCGGCUGCAGCAGGGUCACCAGCACGGCCUGCGAGGGUGCCACACGAGCAGAGAUCAGUACCUGUGGGGAGGGGUCUCCCCGUGCCCCCUGCAGCUCCUGUCCCACUUCACACACUUUGUACCUGGUGUCCAGGUGCCUGCUCUGCUGUGGGAAUCACCAGUGCUCGGGCUGGGGGAGGACAGGAGGAGAACAGCCCGCGCACGUUCCUGGCCUGGCGACGCCUCCGACGCGCCGAGCGACUCACUGCUCUCACUUUCUACCGUGUGGAUCGUGGGGUUUUUCACAUUUAUUUAUUUGAAGGUUUUUUGCUAUUGUGAUUUUUUUCUUUUUUCUAAGUCUCUUCCUAAGCUGGGAUCAUCGGGACAAUACAGCUAUGAGUGGAGCAAUAGAUGGAGAAUUUUUAUUGUGUCUGUAAGCGCAGGUGGCACUAAGGACAGGAGGGAGGUAGAAAUUCAAAGGGAUGGGGGAACUAAAAAAAAAAAAACAAACCCAACUGGAAUGUAACCUGCAGCAGGACUGAGGUAG